UUGAAGCAGCACACCUAACACCUUCGAUCCUUGCUUUGAACGUUUGAAGCAGCAACUUUGAUCCUUGCUUGAACCUUUAAGCAGCAAUAAAGGUGCUGACUCUUGUAGAUAUCAGAAAUCGAUCAUUGCUUUAUUGCUUGAACCUUUGAAGCAGCACACCUAACACCUUCGUUUUUUUUUACUUUGAAAAAAAACGAAGGAAGCUCUGGUUCCGGUCCACACGCUGCAGUUUGUAGCCUGUAGGAGUCGGAGAUCUUCUUGAUCAAGAAAACUGUCGAUUUUGAAGGAGGAGAGUUACCGAGCACAAUUUCAUCUGAGAAAAAUCAGCUUGAAUUAUGAAUUUGCGCUUGAAAAGUAAAGGCCGUCAGCUUUUGAAUCUGAUCAGUGAUCGUGCCAACAAGAUUUGCAAUCAAAUUCCAAUCUCACCUGACUCAUCGUAGUAGUGAACCUGAUCUGAUCAGUGAUCGUGUCAACAGGAUUUAGAGGCCAUUUUUGGGAAUUUUCAGCCACAGUGGAGGGAAGAAGUGUUUGGAUUUAUGCUCGAAGAGUAAAAUUGUUGUCGUGUUACGAGUUCCAUCUCGCAGUGAUCUUUGCCUUAGAUCUGUUGUUCAGCUGGAAAUUAUUGCAAAACUGACAUCUAUCGAUUGAUUCAAGCAUAAACCAGGUUUUAUUGCUCUUUUACUAUUAUUUUCACUACUUGUCUUUAUUUCGUUGCUACUUGCUAGCUUUGUUUCUAGUUUUGUAUGUUUUAUUUUUACACUUAAAAUUUGUAUUACAAGCAUGUUUUCAAAGAAAUAUCUAUCUGGGAGUCAGAAAAGAAACAAAAGAAAAAGAGUAGAAGAGAUUAUUAAAACUCAGAAAGGUGCUCUUCAUAAAUUUUUUAAAAAUAGCUCUUCAAUUGAAGAUUCAGUUGAUGAAUUACAAGAAGAAAAUCAAGAACUAAAUGAUUAUGCAAUAGAUGAGCAACAACUAAGUAAUCAAGAAAAACUAAAUGAUUAUGUAACAAAUGAGCAACAACUGAGUAAUCAAGAAGAACUUAAUAAUCAUACAAUCAAUGAGCAGAAAGAAUUGAUAGAAAAUGAUGACAAUAAUCAUGCAAUGAAUGAGCAAGAAGAAUUGAAAGAAAAUGAUGAUAAUGAUUUGAAUGUAGAAGUUGGUAAUAUAAUUGAGAAUGAAAAUGAGUUAGAGAAAACUGAUCAUGUUUUGGAUAUAUAUGAUCCAAGAUCUUGGGAUAACAUUGAUAAUAAAACAAGAGAUCUUUUGGUAGAGAAAGGUCCUAUAAGAGAAAGUAAUCUUAAGUUUACUAUAGAUGAGUUUUCAAGACAUUUUUCAUAUUCUUAUUACACAAGAAAAUUACCAAAUGGAGAGAAUCAAGAUAGAAAAUGGCUUGUAUACUCAAAAGAUGCAAACAAAGUAUAUUGUUUUUGUUGCAAAUUGUUUAAAUCAGUGAAAAAUAAAAGUUUGUUGGCAAUUGAAGGUUUGAAUGAUUGGAAACGUUUAAGUGAUAGACUUAGAUAACAUGAGAAUGGUAUUGAGCAUAUUACUAACAUGAGAACUUGGAUUGAUUUGGAAAUUAGAUUGAAAAAGAAUGAAACAAUUGACAAAGAGAUCCAAGUGCAAAUUAAGAAAGAGAAAGAACAUUGGAAACUUGUUUUAGCUAGGAUUAUUUCUGUUGUGAAAUAUCUUGCUAAACGUAAUUUGGCUUUUCGUGGGGAUAAUGAAAAAAUUUACCAAAGUAGUAAUGGUAACUUUUUGGGGCUACUUGAAUUAAUUGCAGAAUUUGAUUUGGUAAUACAAGAGCAUUUUAGACGCAUUCAAAAUAAUGAGAUUCAUUAUCAUUACCAUAGUCAUAAGAUUCAAAAUGAGUUGAUUUUUAUAUUAGGUUCUAAAGUCAGAAGUACUAUAAUUGAAAAAAUAAAAGAGGCAAAAUAUUUUUUAGUGAUACUUGAUUGUACUUCAGAUGCAAGCCACCAUGAGCAAAUGACUUUGAUAAUUCGAUGUAUGGAUGUCUUAGCUUGUCCUAUAAAGGUAAAUGAGUAUUUUAUAGAGUUUUUAAAAGUGGAUGAUACAUCUGGAUUAUCACUUUUUAAUGAAGUACAAUUUGUUUUAGAAACCCUUGGACUUGAUAUUGAUAAUGUGAGGGGGCAAGGUUAUGAUAAAGGUUCUAAUAUGAAAGGUAAAAAUAAAGGUGUACAAAAGAAAUUUCUUGAAAUAAAUCCAAAAGCAUUUUAUAUGCCAUGUGCUUGUCAUUCUCUUAAUUUAACAAUUUGUGAUAUGGCAAAUUCUUGUGUUAAGGCUGUGUCAUUUUUUGGAGUUGUGCAACGCAUGUAUACUUUAUUUGCUAGUUCUACAAAAAGGUGGAAGAUUUUACAAGAUCAUGUUAAUCAAUUAACUCUAAAGUCAUUGUCAACAACAAGAUGGGAAAGUCAUGUUAAUAGUAUCACAGCCAUAAUAACUCAGCCAAAUGAGAUAAGAGAAGCUUUAUAUGAAUUAUCAAAAGUUAGUGAAGGUGCUAAGACUAGGAGUGAGGCUGAAUCUUUAGUAACACAUGAACUUGAAAGUUUUGAAUUUUUGUUGGGCAUGAUUAUAUGGCAUAACAUUUUGAAAAAAAAUUGAAUUGAUUAGUAAAAAGUUGCAAUCUAAAGAUAUGCAAAUUGAUAUUGCAAUAAAGAUUUUGUGAGGAUUGAUUUCUUAUUUUGAAAGAUAUAGGGAGGAAGGUUUCCAAUCUGCAAUGACAUUAGCGAAAGAGAUUGCAUCUAAAAUGGAAAUUGAUCCUAUUUUUCCUCAAAAACGUACAAUUCAUAGAAAGAAACAAUUCGCUGAAAAUUAUCAUGAAGAGAUUUCACAAUCUGCUGAAGAAUCUUUUAGGAUUAAUUAUUUUAUUGUUGUCGUUGAUAUUGCUAUUUCCUCUUUAAAAACUAGAUUUGAACAAAUAGAAAUCUUUGAAAACAUUUUUGGUUUUCUAUUCAAUCCUAAAAAAUUUCUUUUAAUGAAUGAUAAUAGAUUGUAUGAGUGUUGUAAUAAUCUUCAAGUUGCUCUAAAAUAUAAUGACAAGUCUGAUAUUGAUGCUGAUGAUUUAUUUUCUGAAUUGCAAGUGUUACAAAUGUAUUUACCAACAGAAAUAAAGUCAGCUUUUGAAGUUCUUGAGUUUGUAAAAGUCUUGUAUUGUUUUCCUAAUAUUUCCAUUGCUUAUAGAGUUUUGUUAACUAUACCCAUUACUGUAGCAUCAGCAAAAAGAAGUUUUUCUAAACUAAAAUUGAUAAAAUCUCACUUGCGUUCAACUAUGUCUCAAGAUAGAUUAAAUGGCUUGGCAAUUUUAUGCAUUGAAAAUGAGGUGUUAGAAAAACUUGAUUUGGAAGACCUUAUUGAUGAUUUUGCUUCUCAAAAUGCUAAAAGAUCUAGAUUUUUUCAAUGAUUAUUUGAUACUUGUUUUCUUUUUGUAUUUGUAGGGACUGCACUUUUGGAGAAACUUGAGAAAUAUAUUUUGUAUGGUGUUGUAUUUUUUGGAGAAUCUUGAGAAAUAUAUUUUGUAUGGAGUUCGUCAUAUUUUAAAUAAAAUAUAUUGUUUUUUAAGUUUUAUUAUUAAACUCUAUUCAAAUUGUGUGUAAGUAAAAAAAAGAAUUAUAGGGCCUCUUUUUCUCUUUUCGCCAAGGGCCCAUAAAUAUAAA